GGCGGAAAUUAUUAACGUUUGGCAAGUGUAAGCUACGUCUCAUAGGAUGCAAUUCCAGCUGUGUUUCAUAGGAUACCACGCAAAUGCUUCAAAUUGGACACUAAAAUCGUUACUCACUAAAUUCAAUAUUGAACACUAAAUACUAGCUGUUUCAUUAAAAAGGAACUAAGAAGAAGAAUAAACACUUUGGAAACAAUUGCUUGUUCUAUGCCUUCGCUUAAUGGGGCAAAUUUUCAUUCCGUAUCCAUAAUCUAGUAGUUAUACCCAUUUCAUAGUGCAAUGGCAACCCUUGGAGCAAUUAUUUUUAUUACAUCGAAAUCUAAACGCUGCCGUGUUUUUGCUUAUUAGGCUAAAUUAGAAAAUAUAAAUAAUUCAUCACCACGUUAAUAAAACAAAACAUAUUAAUUAAAAUGGAAUAUUUGCGAACAGACGCAAUUUUUAUGGAAAUUCUGCAAGAACGUAAAACCAUUACGGGUUUCUUAGAUGCGGUAUUUGGAUUCCUUCGAAGAAACACCGACUUCUAUCACGUUAAGAAGCAUCCGAGUGAAAAUGUUGGUUUUGCUAAAGGUCUGCGCGAACAGAUUUUAUUCGGAGCAAUGCAACGCUACGAUCCUAGUUGUAAGUUGAAUAAUCUGACUGCCGAUAGCAACGAAAACGAUGGCCUAUAUGCUCCUCCGGCUAUAGAAGAAGUUGAAAUAGAGACCGAGGAAAUGCAGAUAGAACAGAAAGCGGUAACAAAAACUAUUCAAACGACAAACAAUGCUGAAACGAGUAUACCAAAAAAUAAUACAAGAAAAGUUGUUUUCGCUGCCACUGACUACAAAAAUGGUGCAUGCUUCGCAGAAUACUGUUGGUCGCAAACAUUGACCGAAGUAGAAUUGCAUGUUAAAUUACCCGGUGAUUUGCAAACGGCCAAAUCAAUUUGUAUAGAUAUUAAAGUGGAUAGAAUUUCGGUACACAGUCGAAAAGACCCAAAAAAUACUGUCAUCAAUGGGCAAAUUAACACUCGAUACAAGCACAAUGACGCAGUGUGGACAAUUACAGAAGGAAAGCUGACAAUAAGCCUCGAUAAAGGUAAAGAAAUGUGGUGGGAAAGAUUUUUCACUACAGAAGAUCCCAUUGAUGUGAAAAAAAUAGAUUGUGAGCGAUAUAUUGAUGAACUGCCAGAAGAUUCUCAAGCGGCUAUACAAAAACUACGUGUGCAGCAAAUGGAACAAGACAUUGUAAAUAAUGUGCAAGAGAUAAGUGAUAGUGAAAAAGAUACUAUGGAACGGUUACGAAUGGCAUGGGAUGCAAAGGGCUCACCUUUCAAAGGACAACCGUUUGAUCCGUCUGUUGUUAAAUUUAGCUAAUGAUAACAGUUGAACGCAUAAUGAUUAGUAUAAAAAUAUUUAUUGGUUUUAAGAAAAAUUUUAGACAUAAAUUAUUGUUAAUGAAAAGAUGUAUAUAAAUGUAUGAUUUUUAUAUUAAGAUUCUAUAUUCAGAAAACACUGAACUCUUAACAACUAAUUACUGAUUUUUAAGUUCAUGAACUUUGCGUUGGAGCUGGUUACGUUGAUAUGCUACAUCGCUGCGAUCUGUUGACCAAGCCAAGUACAUAUAUGAUGUCAAUAAUACAGCCAGCACAAAUCUAUCAAUCGUCAUAAGAUUUGUAAUCCAAAAGAUUGCACUUAAACCGACAAAAGAUGGAUGCCGUACAUGUGUAUAGAGAUGGCGCAACCUAAACGAUUUGUAAGCGAUUGGCUGGGCGUAAUCCUUCAUAUCAUAAUAAGCCUAUUUGGAAAGCACGUAGCAAACAAAAAAUUUGAGUAAAUAUGGUAGGAAUAAAUAAAUCAAAAAUUGUAAUAGUA